AUGAACAGAUGUGCCAAUGUUCAGCUGGACGUUAAAAAGAAGAAGAGGAGCUGUUGCCUUAAAAAGGGCCACUGGAUAAAAACUGACAAUUCAGUGCAUCAGAGGGCAUCAAAGCUGAAAGAGCCAAACGUGGACUCUCAGGAAUGUGGCCCAGCCGACGGCAUGAGGAAGAACACACUUAAAAACGUACCUUUAGUAGAAACCUGUGAAAACAGCGAGACCCCUCAGAUUUUCACAGCAGGUGAAGAACACAGUGAAAGUGGGGCUAAGCUCCGCCCCUUCAAGUGCAGGCACUGCCCCUGGGCAUUUAAGAAGUACUGUAACCUGCAGAGCCAUUUACAAACACACACAGGCCUCAAGCCACAUGUGUGUGACACAUGUGGCAAAGCCUACUCUCACCAGGGCACACUGCAGCAGCACAAGUGUGUGCACACUGGAGAAAGACCGUACCACUGCCCCUUCUGCACCAACACCUACAUCUGGUCCUCUGAUUACAGCAAGCACAUCCGCACACACACGGGGGAAAAGCCAUACAUGUGCAGCACUUGUGGCAAGGAUUUCAUCCGCUCGUCUGACCUGAGAAAACACGAAAGGAACAUGCACACCAACAACAAGCCUUUUCCAUGCACACACUGUGGCAAGACCUUCAACAAGCCGCUGUCUCUAAAGCGUCAUGAGCGGAAGCACCUGGGAGAGAAGCCUUUCUCUUGCCCCGACUGUGGGAAGACGUUUGCUCUGGCCAGUCGCAGGGCAGAGCACCAGAAGAUCCACACAGGCGUGCGUCCAUACGUCUGCUCGGUGUGCUCAAAGGGCUUCGCCAAGUCCUCCAAUCUAACCGAGCACAAGGCCAUUCACAGCGGCUUGCGCCCCCACAAGUGUGCAGAGUGCGGUGUGGCAUUCGCCAUGGCUUCCCGCCUUAUUCGUCAUCAGUACAUCCACAGCAAAGAGAAACCAGUCAGCUGCACAGGCUGUGGCAAAACCUUCAGCCACGCAGACUCACUGAAGAGUCACCAGGAGCAAACCUGUGCCGGCAGAAUCUUCGUCUGCAUGGACUGCAACAAAUCCUUCCAAUAUGCCACAAAGCUUGCGCAACAUAUCCUAGUUCACAAGGACAAGAAAAUCUGA